AACAAGAUUACUGGACUGUAAUGGCAUGGACUCACAGAUGUCCGCUACGUCCACUACAGCUCAGAUUGAUACCCCAUCUUCCUCUUGCAACAUGACAGCUUCUGACCAUUUUGGUCAACCAGGGAUUGACCAUUCCCCAGUUUCGUCCUGUUCCGACUCUGAUCAGUUGGUCAUCGAGAUGCACCCAGCUGAGGAGAUGGACACCUUAGGCACCCCUGAACAACAGCCACCGAGGUGUGAGGAUGCUGAGAGAAAGAGGGCUCCACGUCUAGGAAAAGCCGACAUGGGUGACAGUGGAUAUAGUGACCAAGAGCCAACACCAGAGUGACCUUGACUGUGACAAAUGGUGGCCUUGACCUUUAUUGCAUGACCUUGAUCUGCAUAACAUCUCUUUCUUGCUGUGAAAGUGAGGACAGGCAGUGGUGACAUGCUGGCAGUGGUACUUUGUGUAUGAGAGUGCCCCUUUUUUCAAAGUUGGGAAAUUAUAUUAUAGUUUUUCCUAAAAUAACACCUGAACAUUGAAAAUGAGAAAUAAACAAGUGUUUGUCAGAGAUGAUAGCAGAAAAUAUAUUAAGAUACAUUGUAUCAGGGAAUGGAAAAUCAUUUGUUUUCAGUACAUUAACGUAGUGUAUUAAUGUUCUAAUAACCUGUGUUUUUGAUGGACUUUUACAAACUACACAAAAGACUUGAAUCCAGUGAAUAUCAAUGGAAAAGUGUCUUUUGUUGUAUUUUAAGAGUUGUAACAAUUGUUGUGUAAGGGGAGUUUGUGGUUUUGAUCAUUUCUUGUUUUUUGUAUGUACAAAUAGUAAUAGUGUAUACUGUUUAUAUGAUUUGCUCUCGAGAUGCAAAUCAAUAAGCUCCAGAUUUCAAUGUUUUUAUUUGUUGAAGUUUUGAAAAAAUGAUAAAACAAUUAUUGGAGCUAGGAGAAAAAUUAUUUGAACUAGGAUAAAUUAUUUAUAUUUUCAUACUUGCUUUUUGUGAAGUAAAACAGUAUUCUCUUUUUGAUCAUUUAAGAAUUUGGAUGAGGAAUCAUGAGAAAUGAACCAACUUGACAGACAUUUGGAGUUUUCACAGCCUACAUUGUAGUUGUUCGUUAUUUUAUUUAAUUUUUUGUGAAUUUUUCUCACAUGGAUGAUGUUGAAAUUGAGAUGAUUUGUAGUUGAAUACUAUAGUUCUUCUCAGCUUAUUUUAGAACGAUGAUUUGAAUUUUACGAAAAUCUUUACUUGAAAAACAUGUUUGUAUUGUAGUGGGGAACAAUACUUAAAAAAGAAAUCAGCUAAUUUUUAAUUUAGCUUUUCCUGAUUCACAACAAUGGAGUUGAACAACUUUUGUUGUCGUUUUUCUUGUACCUUGAGAUUUUUGUGUAGCUAGGAUGUUGUGCUUGUUCUAUGCUUAUUAAAUAGAAUGUUUGUUAAUCGUUUUAUUUUGAUUAAUUAUUUGCAGGGUUGGAAAUAUUCCAUCUUUUCAUUAGAAAAAACAUAGAGAGGUGGUGGAUUUUUCAUGCAAUAUGAUAAUGGGGAUAUUUCAGGCAGGGUUAGAAUGUUAUUCCUCCUUUGUAAGCAUUUUGUGUCCACUUCCUUGUAAUUCUUGAUAUAGAGAUGUACAUGUACAAAUUUAAUUAUAUUUGU